AUGUCUGAACAUCCCGCACACUACUCGGGCGAAUUCCACGCUCGCCGUCCGCCAUCUGAACCCAUGAUGAAAGGGGGACACCAGCCUGGCAUCAAAGUCGGCAACGAUCGCCUCCCAGAAUCUCACCUCGAAAUCCACCCCCCAGGAACAGCCCCAGCAGAAGCAUCAUUCCGACCAAACCCCAUUUCAGAAGUCCCCGGCCAGGCCAACAACCCCGAAGUCGAUCUCUCUGCUCGGUCAGACCCUCUAGACUUUCCCGGCGCUACAUCAAAGGAUGUGAACUGGGGCUACGGCCGUCCAGAGGAGGGUCUCGAAGGCCGAGAGGUAGCCUCACAAGUACCUGGAAAGAAGCACACCGGCACGAAAAUGCAUGAGCACGGUCGUAAGAAGGAAGGGGCGGGGUUGGGUGCCGUUGCCGCAAAUGCUAAUGCUAGUGAUCCUGUGAGAGAGCAUGGAUGGGAUUUGCCAGAGGGCGUGGAGAAGGGUACGAAGGGGAAAGGAAGUUCGGAUUGGCCUGGAGCUGAGGAGAGGGAAGCUGUGAAGGCGGAUGAGGUUGCUGCAGAGAGGUCUUGAGAUAUGAAUGGACAAAACAAACAAGUAAAGGUACAAGAAGGAGAAGAAAAG